AAACUGGACCAGAUCACGUCGCUGGCCGACGAGGUGCGCACCGUGCGCGACCGCAAGGUGCGCACGCAGCGCGACCACCACACGCUCACGGCUGAGAGGCAGCGCGUGAAGGAACGCUUCGCCGCGCUCUACAGACACGUGUUCCAAAAUCUCCGCGACGCUGAGGGCAGGCCGCUGUCGUCAGCUCAGUACUCGCUGCAGCAGGCCGCCGACGGGAACGUCGUGCUAGUGCCCAAGAUGCAGCACGACCACCCUAUGAACCGGUCCUCUGACGACGACAUGGACCGCAAGAAACACUACGAGUGACACUCGACCUGGUAGCAGACAGACAGGCGGACAGACACGCGCAACAGCCACGCUUACGCGUUCAUAAUGAGUUAACAGAGUUUAUACCUCGUUGAAUGACUGACAUAUUCCAAAAUAAAUAAAAAAUACUUAUUUUGGAUUGGUGUCACCAUUAUAGGGUACCUAUUAAAUUCUCAACUGUACGGCAAAUAUAAUUGAUACAUGGUAACUAAAUAACGCUUUCCUAAAACAACAACACAUUAGGAUAAAAUCUAUUAUUGCUAACGCCGAGUGGAUACAUUUGAAAUAUUUUGAUUGAACUAACUCGCACUGUAGUUAGCAAUAGAUAUAUAUGUAUAACGCGUUGUAUACUUGUAUUUGAACAACAAUAUACAAAAAUUGUCUGUCGAAUGUCGCGUGUGGAACUGUCAUUAUACUCAAAAAAGAAAUAUAGGAAGAUAAUACGAUGUAUUGAGAUGAGAGAAAACGACUCAAUAAAAAAUCGUUACACAUUUACUCAAUAUCUCGUGUUUCUUUCCUGCUUGGAAAAAACUGUCUAAUUGACAGUUAUUUUAUACCUGGAUCUGGAUAUAUGUCUAACAAAAGUAAUAACAUCUGAAAAUAGCCAACACAUGAAACAAAUCGUAUAUUAAGACAAUUAAUAACAACGCCAUUCGAAUAUCUACCUUACGAUUUAAACGAAAAGGUUGAAUGUCAUGUGGGCUUCGAUAAUUUGUAUUAGCUUCUGUAUAAACAUAUAGAACAACUCACAGAAUUCGUACUCAAAAUGAAGAGUAGACUUAUCAAGGGAUCUACAAAAUAUUUAUUUAAUCAUUUUGUCUCAUUUACAUAUUUUCUAAAUCGCUUGUAAAAGAGGGAAGUGAAAAAACCUCUUGAUAAGUUUUUUCUUAAAUGAAACAAGUGUUAAAGUCUCUGACACUAAAUAUUAUGUAAACGUGAACAUUUGAACGACUUAAGAUAACUUUAAUAAUGUCAGUAUGCCUCUUACUCUCACGGUAUAUGUUAGAAUGAGACAGUGAACUGGCAUUAGGUAUUACUGACUUCAAAACUUGUAUUAGUUUUUUGUUUGUAGUUCGUUUUUUUUAGCAUUAGAAAAAGACUACGCCAUCUUGACGUGUAUUUUAAUUGAAAAACGCUUUUUAAAAAUCAUUAACUAUUACUUAUGAAAGCAAAAGAAUGUAAAUAAUCGUAUAUGAUUCAGAAUUGUUACAUAUUUGCCGUGACUUAUUAUUCAAAAGUGUUUUUCAAUAAAAAGACGUCAAGAUCGUUUACCUUUUUUCUAAUGCUAAAAAAACGAACUAUAAUGGGAAACCAGUGAAGUUGUGUUGUACAUAAAAUAACGAUACAACACAAAAUGAUUGAUAAAUGUUGUAUUUUUGUCAAUCUGUGCUUCAUUCCGAUAGGUAUUUAAAGAAAGGUGAACAAUGUUAUAGAAAAUGACACAAUUCAUGUGUCAUUUAACAUUUGAGUUGUGUCUAGCAUAUUAAGCAGGCGAAUCUAAUUAGAUGCGAUAGUGACAUCUAUGUAUUGAUUUACAUUUUUGUUUCUGAUUAAAUAAAUGGUAUGUUUGUUUGCCCUGAUAUUACCUAACUGAAUAUAAUAAACUAAUUUUUCACUACGUUAAGGUUAACGUUGUAUAAGCAUCGCUAACCAACGCUUUUUCAUCACCGAGUAAAUGAAAAAAAAAAAUGUGAUAGAAAGAUUCCAUUUUUAUUUAGUUUCAAAUUAGAUUUUUAGGUUCAAGCCGAUUGCCUAUUCUCUAGAGCUUGGCCUGUUUUUUUGCUUACCAUAAACGACUGAUAAAAUAAAAAAAAAUAGAAUAAAAAUAUAAAUCAUGGUGUCGCUGACGCCGGCGCGUUGCAAUAAGUAAUAUAGUUUGGCAAGACAUUUCCGUUAGUAGAAAAAGGCGGCAAAUUUUAAAUUUGUGGGCGCGUAGUGUUGUCCCCUCAUAGAAAAUUUGAAUUUGGCGCCUUUUUCUACUGAUAAUGUGGGUUUGCCAGAGUAUACAAUAGUUUGUAAACACUUUUUGUAAUAUAUUUUCUUUAUAAGUUGUUUAUUUAUGUAUAAAAUAAUUAAAUAAAAAAUAAAAAUAGUAAGUAUCUGAUUGUUUUUGUGAAAAGGUUUUGUUUAAACCCGUUUUGGAAGAAAGUACAAAAUUAAAGGCAUAUGUGUACAUAUGAGUUUAUAUGAAUAUUACAUUGCAAAGUGCCCCUUUUACCACGGCUUAUGUUAGAAGGUUCUUAAAAUAUAGAAUAGUCUAUGGUCUUAGGAGCUAUUACUUGAGUAACGUGUAGAGAUGUAUGUAACGGUAUUUUGAAGUUGAUCAUUUGUUUAUUUUUCGUGAUCUUUUGAAAUGUCGUCGCCGAUUGAAAACAUUUCAAAGACAACAUCAAAAAAAAAGCUUUAAAAGAAAUUGUGCCUACCUCUAAUAAUAAGAGUGGGGUACUCAAAAA